AUUCAAAGACAAAAGAUAGACUACCCUAUCCCCCCACCACUUCCACUACCAGGGUACCCCCAAUAACGCUCCCUACCAACUUUACUUCUCCUCUCUCUCUCUCUCUCUCUCUCCAAAACCUUCUACUCUCUCUCUAAAACAACCUUCUCUCUCUCUCUCUCCCUCUCUCUCUCACCCAUCUCCAAAUUCACCAAACCAUUGCCUUCCAAUUCUCUUGAAAUUCACACGAUCAACCACCCCACAUCUCUCAAUUACAUGAGAGAAUGAGAAGAACCCACAAAAUGUUUCUCCACUUGCUCACACUUCUCAUCAUCUUAGAAUCUUCAGAACUACCAAGAGUGACAUCAACUUCAUGGGCCGGAUCAAAGUACCAGAUUGAAUGCACAAUGUGCUCCGCAUGUGACAACCCAUGCAACAGCCCCUCACCUCCACCACCUUCUCCGCCUCCGCCGCCGUCGGACCCAUCACCGCCCCCGCCGUCCCCACCGUCGAGUUCCUCCCCCAAUUGUCCUCCGCCGCCGUCCGCUUACCCUUACUCCUCCCCGCCGCCGCCGUCGCAGCCCACUUACUACGCGCCGCCUCGGCCACCGACUACCGGAGGCUAUUACUUCCCACCGGCGCCGUACAAGAAUUAUCCGGGACCGCCGCCGCCGAACCCAAUUGUGCCCUACUUCCCGUUUUACUAUUACAGCCCUCCGCCGCCAUCUAUGUCUGAAUCUGUGCACUUAGCCACUUGCUCUGUUUACACAAUUGCUCUGUUUCUUGUUAGCUUGCUCUGUUUCUUCUGAAGUAGGCACAACUUGGGGGGCAAAAAUGGAAUGAAAGUUCAGUUCAGAAUAAAGUUGCAGAUUUGCAGAUCCACAACUACAAGCAGAAUUGGGAGAGAGAUAUGAGGAGGGUGGUGGGGAAUUUCUUUAGUUUCCGAAAAUACCCUCCUAAAGAGAGCAGAGGAGAGAAAGAAAGGAGCUUUUUUUGGGGGAGGCUGAAAGCAAGAAUUGUUGAAAGUAAUGAUUCUCUCUCAUCACUCUUUUAUCUUUCUUACUUUUAUGCUGUGGAGCAAUCUGUAAUUUGUAUUUGUUUUUCCCAUUGAUGUAGAAGGAGCUUUAGUAUAUUGUCAUGGAUAAUGAUGUUAAUUAGUCAGACCCAAAAACUGUCUUUUUGCA